UUUAUUAUUACUUUGAAGUCAAUGGAUGUUGUGUCAUUCGCUGUUUACAAAGUAAAGACAGCCCUGAUCCGCUCUGCUAAACUGUUUGUGCUCAGAAGUUUCAGAUAUUUGAAGACAAUGGAAAUUGUUAACUUGAAUGCAAUUGAGGAUGCAGCUGAGCGGAUCAAAGGUCAUGUACAUCUGACCCCGGUAAUGACCUGUGGAAUGAUGGACAAGAUGGCUCCAGGAAGGAACCUCUAUUUCAAAUGUGAACUUCUCCAAAAGACUGGCUCAUUUAAGAUUCGGGGUGCCUUGAACGCAGUGUCGAGGCUUGUUGAGGGCGUGGCCGAGGAUCAGGAGAAGCCGAAAGUAGUGACUCAUAGCUCAGGGAACUUUGGUCAGAGUUUAGCCUUUGCUGCCAAGCUGAAGGGUCUCGAUGCGUACAUAGUGAUGCCAGAGACUGCUCCACAGUGCAAGGUCAAAGCAGUGAAGGGAUACGGAGCAGAAGUCAUCAGAUGCAAACCUACAGAGGAGUCAAGAAGGACAACGGGAGAGGAAGUGCAGAGAAGGACCGGAGCUCAUUUCUUCUCUCCAUCUCAGACGUAUGAUGUCAUAGCAGGUCAAGGUACCAUCGGUCUCGAGCUGUUAGAACAGGUAUCUGGUCUUGAUGCUGUGAUAGUACCGGUAGGAGGAGGGGGCAUGAUAUCCGGUAUCGCAGCUGCCGUGAAGAGCAAAAACCCAGCAAUCAAAGUCUUCGCAGCUGAACCCCAAAAUGCAGAUGACUGCUUCCGAUCGUUCCAAGCCAAAAAGCUAAUUCCAUUACCACCGGGCCCGGUGGACACCGUAGCUGAUGGUUUGAGGGUUUCUAUUGGCGAAUCUACUUGGCCAAUCAUUGAGAAGUACGUUGAUGAUGUUAUCACCGUCACAGAAAACGAGAUAAAGGAUGCAACCCGUUACAUCUGGCAGUUCAUGAAGCUCUUCAUCGAGCCGUCUGCUGGGGUGGGUGUGGCUGCAGCUCUCAGUCAGGAGUUCUCCCAAAAGUCCCAGGAUUUGAAGAAUGUAGCCGUCAUACUUUGCGGAGGAAACGUGGACGUGGACUCGGUUAAACAUUGGUUAUGAUCGCGAGAC